ACACAAUAUUCUCAUUAAUUCCACCACUUAUUUUCCCUCUCAAAACCUUAAGAAAUAAUGGCCAACAAUACGAAGCAGCCACUUUUGUCUAGGAUUGCAACUAACGAUGGGCACGGUGAGAAUAUACCGUAUUUCCACGGAUGGUAUGCGUACGAAAGAAACCCUUUCCAUCCAACUCAGAAUCCAAAUGGAGUUAUACAAAUGGGACUUGCCGAGAAUCAGCUUUGUUUUGAUCUGAUUACAAAAUGGAUUAAAGAAAACCCCGAGGCCUCCAUUUGCACACCGGAAGGAGUUAAUGAGUUCAAAGAGAUUGCCAUAUUUCAGGACUACCAUGGACUUACAUAUUUCAGAGAGGCUGUUGCGAAGUUCAUGGGAAAAGUGAGAGGUAACAGGGUGACAUUUGAUCCCGCCCGGAUUGUUAUGAGUGGCGGUGCCACCGGAGCAAAUGAGACUAUCAUGUUUUGCUUGGCUGACCCUGACGACGCGUUUCUUGUCCCAUCACCUUAUUACGCGGCAUUUGAUCGGGACCUAAGGUGGCGAACGAGGGCACAAAUAGUUCCGGUGAACUGCAGCAGCUCCAACGGUUUUCGGCUAACCAGGACAGCUGUGGAAGAGGCCUACAAAGAGGCCCUGGAAUCGAACAUCAAUGUUAAAGGCUUGCUCUUAACUAACCCUUCAAACCCUCUAGGGAUCACCUUGGACAGGGAGACACUUAAAGCCCUCGUCACCUUUGUGAACGAAAAAAACAUCCACCUUGUCUGCGACGAAAUCUACAGCGCCACCGCGUUCACGGCCCAAAGAUUCGUCAGCGUUGCUGAGGUCAUGCAAGAAGUUGAGCAUUGCAACCCCGACCUUAUUCACAUCAUUUACAGCUUGUCCAAGGACCUUGGCCUUCCCGGUUUUCGUGUCGGAAUAGUUUAUUCCUACAAUGACACCGUCGUCAGUUGCGCUCGAAAAAUGUCCAGUUUUGGACUGGUUUCGUCUCAGAGUCAACACUUCCUCGCUGCACUCCUUUCCGACGAGAAAUUCAUCGACAACUUUUUAUUGGAAAGCUCGAAACGGCUGGCAAAACGAUAUCAUUUUCUUACCGAGGGACUAAAAGAGGCAGGGGUCUUUUACCUGGAAAGUAAUGCGGGGCUGUUCUUCUGGAUGGAUCUGCGCCCGCUUCUUAAGGAACAAACUUUUGACGCAGAACUAGAGUUGUGGCGGGUGAUUGUCGACGAAGUUAAACUCAACGUCUCGCCGGGAUCAUCGUUCCAUGGAUUGGAGCCAGGGUGGUUCAGGGUGUGCUUCGCGCACAUGGACGACGAAACUGCGAAAGUUGCUCUGAAUAGAAUCCAGGCGUUUGUGCAAACAGGAAACGGUACAACCGAAGCUUCGCCUUUAGCUUCUCUCGUAGAAUCUACGAAGAAAAUAUCACAUGCCGCACAGACUCCAUCUCCUUAUUCUUCCUGAUGGCGACCUAUACAACAAAAAUGCCCUUUCUUUCUCCAAUUCUUUUCUAUUCGUCUCAACAUUGAUAGUAAUUUUUUUUCUUCUUUCUUUUUUUUGGGUGAAAAUAAGCAUUUUAGGUAUUAUUUACUCCAUGAGCAGUGCUAGGGGCACUCGCUUUUUGCAUUCUCCGCCCGGCACUUCCCCUUUCAUUGGGCCACGUAAGCUUCUUUAAAGCUUUCAACGCAACCUCUGGGAAACCAAAAUAACGUGGCCCAAUAAAAGAGAAAGUGUUGG